AUGUCAGAUUCCAACACAAGUGCCUUCACCAACCCCUCCACCUUCAUCCUGCAGGGCAUCCCUGGCUUGGAGACAUCCUACACAUGGAUCUCCAUCCCCUUCUGCACCAUGUUCGUCAUAGCCAUCUUGGGGAACUUCACCAUCAUGUUCAUUGUGAAGACGGAACAAAGCCUCCAUGAGCCCAUGUACUAUUUCCUCUGCAUGUUGGCCGUCACUGACCUGGUUCUGUGUACGUCUACCAUGCCCAAAACACUGAGCAUCUUCUGGUUCAAUUCCAGGGAGAUCGAUUUCAAUGCCUGCCUUGCCCAGAUGUACUUCAUUCACUGCUUCUCAUCGAUGGAGUCUGGGAUCCUUGUGGCCAUGGCGUUGGAUCGCUAUGUGGCCAUCUGUGAUCCCCUGAGACAUUCCACUGUCCUGACCAACCGGGUGGUGGCCAAGAUCGGCCUGGCUGUGGGGCUGCGCAGUGGUAUACUCGCGCUGCCCUAUCCUUUCGUAACAAGGCAGUGGCCUUAUUGCAGAACCAACAUCAUCCCUCACUCGUACUGUGAACACAUCGCCGUGGUGAACUUGGCCUGCACCGACACCCGAGUUAGCAGUUACUACGGCCUCUUUGUGCUCUUCUCUGUGAUCGGUGUGGAUGUCAUUUUUAUCUUUGUGUCCUACACUCAGAUCCUCAGGGCCAUCUUCCGCCUCCCCACCAAGGAGGCCCGGCUGAAGACUUUUGGGACCUGCGGCUCCCACAUCUGCGCCAUCUCAGCUUUGUACAUCCCAGAUUUCUUCUCCUCGCUCACGCACCGGUUUGGCCACAACGUGCCCCUUAGUUUCCUCAUUCUCUUCGCCAACGUGUAUCUCCUGGUACCCCCCAUGCUACACCCCAUCGUCUAUGGGAUGAGGACCAAACAGAUCUUGGACAGGUUGCUUCGACUGUUUACAUUUAAAGAAACCUAA